AUGCGAGUGGUGGCUGUGGCGGCGCUGCUAGCGGCGGCGGCGGCGGCGGCGUGUAGCGACUCCAGCCUCGGAGAACUGGCAGACCUGGAGUCGGCGAGCGACGGCGUGCGCCACCGGAUUCUGUCGCGCCGGCGCCGCUACCUCGUCUACCCGGAAGGCAGCUCCCUGCAGCUGGUCUACUGUCUGACGGUGCCCACGAUCGUCCCGGUGCCCUUCUUCAAGUUUGGGUGGACUCUCGGCCUGGCGUGGGAGCUGCCCAGCGACGGCAAGCAGAUCGUGGAGUACAAGAAGAAGCUCCGCCAGGCGCUCCGCAAGCCCACGACCGAGCCCCUCGGCGUGGACGGCCGUUCGUGUGUGUACCGCUUCCUGUGCGAAGCGGAGCAGCGCGUCGCCGGCACCGGCACCUUCCUGCAGGAGAUCCUCAGGGUGAUUUUCACGCUGCCGGAGGCUCGCGGGCGGGACCUGGACGGCGCCGACAUGCGACACUACGACCAGGCGCACCGACGCCGGCGCCGCGACGCCGACGCCGACGCCCGGGACUGCGACCUCCUCUACCCGGAGUGCGACAUCGACUCCAUCUUCGACUACCAGCUGCCCCUCGACUAA